CUGUAAAUGCCACCCACUCGGCUCUUUGGAGAACAAGUGUCAUCCCAAGACUGGCCAGUGCCCCUGCCGGCCCGGCGUCACAGGCCGAUCCUGUGAUAGAUGCCAGCUGGGUUUCUUCGGCUUCUCCGUCAAGGGCUGCCGAGACUGUAGGUGCUCUCCACUGGGAGCUGUCUCAUCUCAGUGCCGUGAGAACAGCACAUGUGUGUGCCGGCCCGGCUUCACGGGUUACAAGUGUGACCACUGCCAGGACAACUUCUUCCUCGCGGAAGGCGAUACAGGGUGCCGGGAGUGUCCCGCCUGCUAUGCUCUGGUGAAGGAGGGGGCCACCAAGCUGAAGGCCAGGCUGACGCUGAUGGAAGGGUGGUUGCAGGGGUCCGGAUGUGGCAGCCCCUGGAGACCACUAGACCUUCUGCAGGGAGAAGCCCCUCGGGGGGAUGUCUACCAAGGUCACCACCUACUUCAAGAGACCCGGGAAGCCUUCCUGGAGCAGCUGGUGGGCCUGGAAGGUUCCAUGAAGGCCACGUGGGAGCAGCUGCAGGUGCUGAGAGGGAGUGCCCGCUGUGCCCAGGCUGGGGCUCAGAAGACCUGUGUCCAGCUCACGGAGCUGGGGGAGACACUGCAGUCCUCAGAGGAGGAGGUCCUGCGAGCAGCCUCAGCUCUUUCAUUUCUGGUGAGACUUCCGGAAGGAUCCAGCCCACCCACCAAUUGGAGCCAUCUGGCAUCAGAGGCCCAUGUCCUUGCCAGGAGCCACAGGGACACAGCCACCAAGAUCGAAGCCGCAGCACGAAGGGCUCUGCUUGCCUCCAACACCAGCCACGAGCGCCUGUGGGAUCUGCUGAGAGGGAGGGAGGCCCUGGCGGCCCAGCAGGAACUGGAGGACAGGUACCAGGAGGUGCAGGCAGCGCAGACUACCCUGGGCACAGCUGUGGCAGAGGUGCUGCCCAAAGCUGAGAGGGCGCUGACCACUGUAAAGCAAGUCAUUGGUGAUGCUGCCCCACGUCUGUUGUCGCUGGGCACCCCUGGAGCAAUGCCUCAGAACUCCCAAGCCAGAAAUCUGGACAGGAAAGUGAAGGCCCUGGAGCAGAGGCUGGCUCGGAAGGAGCGCCAGGCAGUCCAGGCUGUAGGAGCCCUGCAGGUGGAGGCUGGGGCAGCCCUGAAGAAGAUGGAGCCCUUCACGCAGCUACGCAACAAGACCGAAGCUUCCCUGACACAAGCUUUGUCAGCUGUCCAAGCUGCCACGCUGACCGUCGUAGGAGCCAAGACUCUGCUCGCUGACCUCGAGGGAAUGAAGCAGAGGUUUCCCCUGCCCAAGGAGCAGGCAGUGCUGAGAAGGAGAACAGGCAGCAUCAGGGCCAGGUUCCUGGAGGACUCGAAGAGGAAGACCAGGCAGGCAGAGAGGAUGCUGGGAAAUGCUGCAGCUCUCUCCUCCAGCGCCAAGAAGAAAAGCAAAGAAGCAGAACUGAUGUCCAAGGACAACGUCAAGUUGGCCAGAGCUUUGCUGAGGGAGGGGAAGCAGAGCCACCGUCGUGCCAGGGGACUCGCCAGCCAGACCCAGGCCACACUCCGCCAGGUUUCUCGGCUACUAUUAACCUCAGAAGCUCGCAAACAGGACCUGGAGGAGGCUAAGCAGGUGGCCUCUGGGCUGAGCAUGAUGGAGCGCCAGAUUCAAGACUCUCGAGGGUCUUUGGUGAAGGACAUCAAGGUCCUGUCAGAGCUGCUCACCAAGCUGGGGUCCCUGGAUACCCACCAGGCUCCUUCUCAGAUCCUGAACGAGACCCAAAGGGCACUAGAAAGCCUGAGGCUGCAACUGGGUUCACAUGGAACCCUGCAUCGCAAGCUGAGGCAGUUGGAGCAAGAGUCUGCACGGCAGGAGCUGCAGAUCCAGAGCUUUGAGAACGACCUUGCUGAGAUCCGCGCUGACAAGCACAACUUGGAGACCAUUCUGAGCAGCCUGCCAGAGCAGUGUGCCAGCUAGCCCCUGGCAUGCCCUCCCCACCUUGCUGUCUCCUGCCCGCUCCCCAUAGGUGUCCCAGGUCUGCCUGCUGUGAGCUCAUGUGAACGGCCACACUCGCUUACUGGUGUGUCCAGACCCUCUUCCGUGUGAGCAGCAGGAGUGAAUCCGUGUUCAUAACUCCACAGGUGGCACUGUGUGCAGACCUACGUGUGUGCUCCCUGGAUAUGCAUCAGCACAUGCGUCCCCAAUGUCAGUAAGAUGCUGCAUUCAUUCGUGUGUGUGUGUGUGUGUGUGUGUGUGUGUUGCACUUGUGUGUGCAGAACCAUCUGUGCAUGCAUACAUAUGACAGUACAGAGCUGUCAAGAGGCAGCCAUGAGCUUGCAUCCUGCAUGAAUCCCAUUAUGGGAAAUUCCCUGACAUAUCUACAACCCUCCCUUCAGAGAGCAGAGCUCAAACAGGGGUGGCACCUCCAAAGCUGAGAGGUUAUCCACAGAGAUCUUGAGAAGGCAAAUCCCAUGCCCGUGGUCACGGCGCUGGCCAUGGGUCUACUAUGCCCCCACAUCACCCACUGGUCACCCAGCAGCUCUAAGAACUAAGGUGCCAGGCAGAUCAAGAAAUGCCAAGACUAACAGGAUUCUCAGAAGCGACAUCCAGGGCCAUCGUGUGGCCUGAAAGGCCCACAGGGCAAGACACAGAUGUCAUGGUCUUUUGUGGACUCUUCUUCCCAUGGGUCUGGAUCUGCAGCCUACUCACUGAAGGAAGUCUCUACCCAGACCCAUGCCCCUCCAUCUCCUGAUCUACCUGAAGAACCAGGCUCUUCAGGGUCUGGGUCAUGAGUCCUCAAGUAGUCACUAGGAACAGCCCUUUGUGCUCUGCUGACCUGGUUAGCCUUUGAUUGGCACUUCUCAAACCGGUGCUGUGGCUCCACCUGCCAUGAAGGAUGCCACAGGGGUGUGGAAGCCUGGCUGUCAUUCUAGGCCUGCUGCCCAUGGCUGCCUCUGCCCAGGAAUCCAUGGCAUUUCUUCCUGAUGUCCCCCCCUCUUUUUCUGGGCCUUCUUGUAGAACACAACAGGGUCUAAGCUCUAGGGUAACAGCCGCCUUUACAAGCCCUGUCCCUUCCCCAGGUCCCAGAGGAACUGAUGGUGAUGUGGACUGAUUCUGAUUAUGAGGAAAUAAAGGACCCUUUUCUGA